GUCUCACACCAUCACAACGACCGCUGGAGGUCUCACUCCAGAGGAAGACAGAGAUGAGACUUAAAUGCAUUUAUUGUUGUAUCUAAAUGGGUUUUACAGCGUCUCCACUAGACUGACCGUGCUCUGCUAUCCAGCCACCUUCCACCUUAAAAUGACAGCUUUCUAUUUCUAGUAGUUGCGCGUUAAGUUUUCACAGAUCCAGUCCUGCGCGUCCUGGCUGCAAUCUUUACUUUCGAUGCAUGAUAGUUUGAGGUUUUCAGCCGAGGAGCAGGCAUCUGUGCAUCAGAAUCAUUUGCAUUAUGGCUUCAGAUCAAGAAGACAUCAGGCAGCGUCUGAUAGAGCUUCUGGACAAACCUGGGAAUGGAAACUGUGCCGACUGUGGAGCUGCAGAUCCGGAGUGGGCAUCGUACACCCUGGGAGUGUUUGUGUGUCUCAGCUGCUCCGGCCUUCAUAGAAACAUUGCUCAGAUCAGCAAGGUGAAAUCCAUCCUGCUGGAUCCCUGGAGCUCCUCUGAGGUGGAGUUCAUGGACUCUGUGGGUAACAAUGCUGCCAAGGCCAAAUAUGAACAGAUAGUUCCUGCCUUCUACUACUGUCCUACACACAAAGACUGCACGCUCCUGCGGGAACAGUGGAUCCGAGCCAAGUACGAGAGGAAGGAGUUCCUGUUUGUGGAGAAGCAGGAGCCCUACUCGGCAGGCUACAGAGAGGGGUUUCUAUGGAAACGAGGCAGAGACAACGGACAGUACCUCAGCCGAAAAUUUAUUCUGACCGAACGGGAAGGUGUUUUGAAGUACUUCAACAAGCACGAUGCCAGAGAGCCCAAAGCAAUAAUGAGGAUCAAUACUCUGAAUGCCACCUUCCAGCCAACAAAAGUCGGCAUGGCCCACGGCCUGCAGAUAACCUAUUUGAAGGACAACAGCACUAGGAAUAUCUUUGUUUACCAGGAGGAUGGAAAGGAAAUGGUGGACUGGUUCAACGCCAUCAGAGCAGCCAGGUUUCACUACCUGCAGGUGGCUUUUCCUGGAGCUUCCAUCCCUGAUUUGUUGCCCAAGCUAACCAGGAACUACAUAAAGGAGGGUUACAUGGAGAAGACCGGUCCAAAGCACACAGAGGGCUUCAAGAAGAGAUGGUUCACGAUGGAUGACAGGAGACUCAUGUACUUCAAAGAUCCACUGGAUGCCUAUGCACGAGGCGAAGUGUUCAUUGGUAGCAGGGAGAACAGCUACACUGCGCUUUCCGGCCUCCCACCGAACAUUCCUGGCUACCAUUGGCAGUUUGGAAUUACCAUCGUGACCCCGGACAGGAAGUUUCUAUUCACGUGUGAGACUGAGGAGGAUCAGAAAGACUGGAUCGCUGCACUUCAGACGGUCAUCAACAGGCCGAUGCUGCCUCAGGAGUACGCAGUGGAGGCCUAUUUUAAGCACAAACCAUGAUGGUAUUAGUGUUUGAAGACCUGUUGGUGCAGUUAGUGGAGAUAAACGACCUAAAGGUGAGACAGUUACCAUUCCCACAGUGAUUCCUUUACUCUACCUGCCAUCCUGCUCAACCUCACACACAUAUAUGUGCCAGAACCAUUUCUUAGGGAGACCGAAUCACUCCUGAGCUCAUGAAUGUUAGCCUAACUCACUCAUCUGACUUACAUACUUGAAAGAGGUCAGUUCUCCUGACCUGAAUGUGCAGAAGUUAUGUUUGUAGGAAUCAGAAUUGUUGCUGCUCGGAUGUCAAAAGAUGUUUUCUCUGUUCUCAGUAACAUAAGAAUGAAUAUUUAGAUAUUUAAUACAACUGAAUUAACAUUGCAUUUCAACCAAGUGUACAAACUGAGCCCUUCUGGCCAGUUAUACUAAACCAUUAUCUGACACUGUAAUAUGUCAGUAAGCAGGAAUAAUACAAACAGUCUGCAGAUACUCACAUUUAUUUCCAUGUACGAGUACAAUGAUAUUUAAUUCUAAAUGUAUUUAUUUUUUUAACUGUCCAAUUAUGCAUUACUGCCACGCACUGCUGGUAUAAUAAGUUAUUUUUUGCUUUUUUUUGCAGCUGAAUGUAAACUGCUUUGUAUAAUGUUUAUUAUCACAUUGAAGAAUUGGCUUGCAUUCCUUUGUCUCAAUACAAAUUGGGAUCCAAUUUAGCAUUUCCUUUCAUGAGGUAUAAUUAUUUAUCCAGCAGAGGGAGACAGAGGAAAGGUUUUAAACUUACUAUGACCCCCGUGUGCACAUUAAAUUAUUUGUGUAAGUGCUGAAGAGAAAGGUGUGACGAUGCUUUUGAUCAGUAUUAUGAGGGGCAGCGAUGCUCAAGUGCCAUCGAGCAAGACAUAAAAGCUCCUGCUCUGAACUCACUGUGGAGUCGUGUGAGAGGAGAAUCUGUGUAAAACUGAAAUGUCGUCACUAUUAAAAAGGGUUAAAGCCA